GUGCGCAAUGGCCACAUCAAGCGAAUCACUGACAAUGACAUUCAGUCUUUGGUGCUGGAGAUCGAAGGAACUAAUGUCAGUACAACGUACAUUACAUGCCCUGCGGACCCAAAGAAGACCCUGGGCAUCAAACUACCUUUCCUAGUGAUGAUCAUCAAGAACCUGAAGAAAUACUUCACAUUUGAAGUACAGGUGCUGGAUGAUAAGAAUGUUCGCCGGCGUUUCCGAGCAAGUAACUACCAGAGCACGACCCGGGUGAAGCCCUUCAUCUGCACCAUGCCCAUGCGGCUGGACGAUGGCUGGAACCAAAUCCAGUUCAAUCUGUCAGACUUCACACGCCGGGCCUAUGGGACAAACUACAUUGAGACCCUGAGAGUGCAGAUCCAUGCCAACUGUCGCAUUCGACGGGUGUACUUCUCUGACCGGCUCUACUCAGAGGAUGAGCUCCCAGCUGAGUUCAAGCUGUAUCUGCCAGUCCAGAACAAGGCCAAGCAGUAACACCAUGUUGGGGAAAGAUGUGAGAAAUGUUUGGGGUCAGCUGGAAAACAAAAGCAGGUGGAAGAGAAGGCCCUGAUGAGACCAAGUUUUAGAUCAGCUCACCUUGCCUACGGUAACUUUGAUUCACCUGCUAUUCCUCUUCUGUACAGGACACAGUUAACAAUGUAACAGCUCUGGGACUACUUUUUGGUGUGUGAGUUGUACAGAAUCAGAGUUUUCUUAGCUGUUCCU